AUGGAAGUGUCACAAGAAAUCAGUGAGGAGACAUGUGGAGACUGUGGAGUUAAAUGUACUUUAGAUUGUUUAGGUUUGAAGGAAUUUCCAGUAAAGAUGGAAAUUGAAAUAGAACAAGAUAUAAAUCAAUUUACCUGUCUUGAAGAAAAACAAAAAACCAAAGAAGGUUUUACUCAGGAAGAGAACAAAACGAAAAUUAUGGAGGCUUUUGUGGAAAAUUCAUCAUAUAAAGGACACUUUAUGAGUCUACACGCUAAAGAAAAAACCGUAAAUAAAAAUAUAAAAGUUCAGACUAGACAGGGACCUUACAAUUGUGAAAUUUGUUUUAAACAGUUUUCUCAAAAUUUUAAAUUUCAAAAACAUUUAAUGUUACACACCGGAGAAAGACCGUACAAGUGUGAAAUUUGUUUGAAAGGAUUUAUCUACAGAGGGGAUUUGAAAAAACAUUUCAGAAAGCAUACGGGAGAAAAACCGUUUGAGUGUGAAAUUUGUUUUAAGAAGUUUUCUUUAGCAGGUAAUUUGAAAACACACUUGAGACUGCACGCUGACGAAAAGCCUUUCAAGUGUGAAUUUUGUUUUAAACCGUUUUCUACGGCAUAUAAUUUGAAAAAUCAUUUGACAGUGCACACUGAAGAAAAGCCUUACGAGUGUGAAAUUUGCUUUAAGAAGUUUUCUAUAGCAAGUAAUUUGAAUACACACUUGAAAUUGCACGCUGAGGAAAAGCCUUACAAGAAGUGUGAAAUUUGUUUUAAGCGGUUGUCUUCAGCAGGUAAUUUGAAAAAACAUUUGACACUUCACAAUAAGGAAAAACCAUACAAGUGUAAAAUUUGUUUGAAGGGGUUUUCUAUAGCAGGUAGUUUGGAAACACACAUGAGAGUGCAUACUGAACCUUACAGAGAAACCUUACAAGGUUUUACUCAGGAAGAGAACAAAACGAACAUUAUGGAGGCUUAUGUGGAAAAUUCAUCAUAUAAAGGACACUUUAUGGAUCUACAUGCUAAAGAAAAAACCGUAAAUAAAAAUAUAAAAGUUCAGACUGGACAGGGACCUUACAAUUGUGAAAUUUGUUUCAAACAGUUUUCUCAAAAUUAUAAAUUUCAAAAACAUUUAAUGUUACACACCGGAGAAAGACCGUACAAGUGUGAAAUUUGUUUGAAAGGAUUUAUCUACAGAGCGGGUUUGAAAAAACAUUUCAGAAAGCAUACGGGAGAAAAACCGUAUGAGUGUGAAAUUUGUUUUAAGAAGUUUUCUUUUGUAGGUAAUUUGAAACCACACUUGAGACUGCACGCUGACGAAAAGCCUUUCAAGUGUGAAUUUUGUUUUAAACCGUUUUCUACGGCAUUUAAUUUGAAAAAUCAUUUGACAGUGCACACUGAAGAAAAGCCUUACGAGUGUGAAAUUUGCUUUAAAAAGUUUUCUAUAGCAAGUAAUUUGAAAACACACUUGAGAGUGCACGCUGAGGAAAAGCCUUACAAGAAGUGUGAAAUUUGUUUUAAGCGGUUUUCUUCAGCAGGUAAUUUGAAAAAACAUUAUUUGAGACUUCACAAUAAGGAAUAA